ACAAGGAUAAAAGAAAUUGUUAGGUUAUCCGGCCAUUAAUAAAUUUGAAACUUCAAAUUAACGUUUAUAACUGUAAACAAUUGUGUUUUGCAAUUUUCUGAAAGGGAAAAGGGGAUAAAUGUGGCUGGAUUUAUAUGCACAAUAAUAUAAAAGUAUAUUUGAAUUUACAAAAUGGACUCGAGCCUGGCAGAGCUAUAAUUCUUUUCCAUGAUUUGAAUAUGAAUUCAAAAAAUGAGGAGAAUGAGGGAAUAAUCGUUGAAAGAUUUAAAAAAGACUAUAAUGAACAAUUCUUUAUUCUUAUUAGGAUGCAUUUAUCGUUUUUAUUAGACGCCCACACAGAUGAUAAUGAUUCCCUGCCUGAAAAAUCAAGAAUCAAAAAAUGGAAUUUAGUACCAUUUGCGAAAAAGUCAAAACUCCGUGGAGUCGUAGAAGGUGCAGCUCUAACACAGGAAGGAAUAUGCCAAAUAUUUCAAUUAAUAGAAUACCUUAAGUUAGAAGAAAAUAUUAAGAGUGAAGGUAUAUUUAGAAAAACUGGUUCCAUUGAAAGGCAGCAUGAGUUAAAAUGUUUGUUAAACCAUGGUUCAACUUUAGAUGUUGGAUGUGGCAGCUAUAGUGUACAUGAUUGUGCCUCAGUUCUUAAGGGCUUUUUGCAGGAAUUACCAGAACCUCUGUUGACAGAGCUUCAUUUUCCUGUUUAUUGCCAAUUAGCAGAACUAUACUACAUCAACAAUGAAAUACCGCAAGAACAAAAGCUUCUGGAAGCUCUGCAAUUACUCCAACUUCUUCUGCCACCAGAAAAUAAACUCCUUCUGAAAGACAUCCUACAUCUCCUGUAUCAGACUGCUUCAUUCGAAUCUCAGAAUAAGAUGUCUUCAGAUAAUUUAGCAAAACUUUUCACCCCUCAUCUGUUAUGUCCGAGGAAUUUAUCACCCGCCAUGUUAUUGAAGGUAUCCCAGCCUCUUUUUGGAAUAGUCAGUUUUAUGAUUAAGAGGUUUCCUGACAUGUUUAAAGUUCCUGCAAAGUUAAUAGUCGACUUUAGAGCUAAAUACGAAAAGAAGAGGGUUUUAUCUCCUGUGAAACGACUCAACGAAUCAACUGCAGAUAUCGCUAGCACAGUAUUCACUUUUGUUGAUCAAGAGCGUACUGCUAAAGAAAACGAGUCUAAUCCUACAGAAACAGCUUUGGCUCAGUUGUAUGCUCAUAUCCAAAGUUUGCCAGAAUCAUCUAAAAAGAGAAAGCUGAUAAAACAAUUUAACAAAGAAAAUGGAUAUGGUACACCAUUGCAAGUGUUAAAAAGUAGUAAGAAUAGAAGUAUAGGUGAUUCUAUCAAAAAACACAUCUUUCAAAAACAUCUGGCUAGGCGGAAAGGAUUUGUGGUCAAAAAUUCACCUGCUGGGCCAGGAUAUGAGAGCCCUACGGGCUCUCCUUCUUUAGCAAUGCGAGCACGUCUCUUGUGCUACCACAAUUACGAGUCCAGUACGGAUCUAACCAACGAAGGGCCAACACCAGCGAAACGGAGAAAAACCAGCAGGAGUUGUGAUCGUAGCAGGAGCUGUGAUCGUCUUUCCGAAAAACACGACAAAGACAAUCACGAGGACGAAGGUAAGGGUAGUUUUUCCGAGCCGGAACUAAGCGAGAGAGAAGACUCUAUAGACUGUAAUGGUUAUUUAACCAGCACGCCGGCAUGUUUCCCACUAAAAGCAUGUACAGAAGUUUUUACGCCGAAUCAAAAGGACAGUAAGUCGAUGUCGCCGAUUACGAUGUCAGCGCAGAGGAUGCCACGAGCUAUGCAGGAAACGAUGAUGACUCCUCGAAGUCGAAAACCAGUAUUAUUACUUUCCGGUACAAACAUCCACACAUUACCAAAGACCGAACCAACAAACUACACAAUGGACAAUGUAAUAGAGGAAAAAUUAGAAACGCCAAUGUCGAAUUUCCAGACGAAUCCACCUGUCAAAUCGAAGAGCGAAGGAGACAUCAACAAAGAUACCAAAGUAGACGUGACAAAAAUGAACAAAAGUGAAUCCGACGCCAUUCUUAGUGAUACUUUUAAAGAAUAUUUAAGUAAUAGAGACAUUGUUACGAUUUAUUCGCCGCAAGACUCGAGUUUUUCAAGCAGAACUGACGACUUUACCUCUACGGAAUAUACAGAAGGACAAUUCACAGAAUCCUUAUUGUAUUGUCUUGACGGCAAUAAUCCAGAUGAAAGUGUAGAAGAGGAAGAAGAGAAAAAAUUGGUGCUCAAACCUAAACAGUUUGACGAAAAUGGCAAGCCCAUUAUAUUUGAAACUUCUUUUUAACGAUAUGUUCCAGAUGCUGGAAAGAGUUUAGAAAAUAGAGAUAUAUUUAUAAAUAUUUUUUAAAUAAAUAUUUUUAUGAAA